UUGCUCUCUCGCUAGCUAGCAAACAGAGCAGGGCGCCACCAUGUUCCACUCCUGUCAGCGACCAAAACAUCGCCCGUUGCUGUGUUGUUUACUUUUGGCCGUGUGCCUCACAGCGGUGCCGGUGUCGGCCAAGCGGGACAGCCUCCGGGAAGUAACCGACGGCAACUGGGAGGAUAUCCUGACCGGAGAAUGGAUGAUUGAAUUCUACGCACCCUGGUGUCCUGCCUGCCAACAGCUACAGCCCGUCUGGAAGGAGUUUGCGGACUGGGGGGAGGACAUGGGGGUCAACAUAGCCAAGGUGGACGUGACGGAGCAACCAGGUCUUAGCGGGAGAUUCAUCAUUACGUCACUUCCGACAAUUUACCACUGCAAAGACGGCAUCUUCCGCAAGUACCAGGGCGCUCGCACCAAAGACGACUUCCUCAGCUACAUCGACGCUCAAAAAUGGAAAGCGGUGGAGCCGGUCUCCUCCUGGUUCGGGCCGUCGUCUUUUCUAAUGAACUCAAUGUCCGCUCUCUUCAAGCUCUCCAUGUUCAUAAGGCGUUGCCAUAACUACAUGACGGAACACUUGGGGAUUCCCGUGUGGGGCUCGUACGUCAUCUUCGGCCUGGCUACGCUGUUUUCCGGCCUCGCUCUCGGACUGCUGCUGGUGUUCAUCGCCGACUUUGUCUUCCCCUCGAGACGAUUCUCCUCUCCUGACUACUACCAGAAGAAGCAAACGCUGGAGCAAGCCAGGCUGAUCCAGCAGCAGCAGCAGGAGGAGGAGGAGGAGCACGAAGCCGAUGGCGAGGAGGAGGAUGACGACGACGACGAUGAAGAGGAGGAGGAAGAAUACGACGACGACGUAUGGAGGACGCAACGACGGCGGCAUAGGGGCUCCCCCGAGGGAAACCCGGAGCCCCAAGGGCACUUGGCGUCGGGCGACGCCCUCAGGAAGAGGGUGGCGCUCAGCCGCCAGGACAAGGAGGACGACGACGACGACGAGGAGGAGGACGACACAUAAGGGUGGCGCCGUCACAUGACCCCGUGCUCCUCGACCGGUGGGGGGAAUUGUUUACUAAGCGAGGCUUUUGGUUUUUUGCCUUUCCGGCCCCCCUCCUCCAAGGUAGACCACCAUGCUCCUCCUCUUCCUCCUUCGUCCUCCCUCGCUCCACACACUGGCGGCGCUCUGGCAGCACCAGGAAAAAAAAAAAACACCAAAAUGGUGGAAACAAACUGGACUGGUGGAGUUUGCAGUGUUUUGUUUGCUAUGCAUCUUUUCUUUCUAGAAUCUAUCUUGAAGUCCAUCUCCACAAACACUGGAAUAACGAGGCUUUGGUACCGGAACACGUUCAUGCUGGACUUCAUAAAUAUAUCAUUAUGGCCCCCGAAAACCCAACACCGGGUUCAUUUAAACGCAUAAAGACGACUCCGCUUUGGAACCGUAUUCACUCCAAAUGAACCAACCCGCUCAUGGAGCUCGGAAUCUUGGAAUGCCUUUUUUUUUUUUCUUCCUUUUUUUUUUGUGUUGAAUCAUCAAAGCUUGUUUAUUGACGGAGCACUAUGACUCUGUUAUGUCAUUUGCUUCUUUUUUUAACAACUCCAUUUCUAUUUCUUUUUUUUUUUU